AUGAUGGAUUUCUUAAAUUUAAUUACAACUAAGAGCAAUGAUAAAAUAAUUGAAUUAAUUAUAAAAGUAAGUUUUUAACUAAAUUAGUAAAUUGAGGAAAAUGAUAAUAGGUUGCUAUCUUAUUAGGAAAUAUCUUAAAGUGUAAAAAAUUAUGAUGGAUUCAAUUAUAGAAUAAAAUAUUGGAGAUCCUUGUAUUUAUAAUAUGGUUAUGGAGUAAUUAAAUCAAUUUUUGAUGUAUAAAUUAUUGAGAUUAUAAGACCAUAGAAAUUGAUUAUAAUGAAGAAGUAAAAAUAAAAAAACUUAGAUUACUGUUUGAAAGUAGAAGCUAGACUUUUAUAUUAUUAUUGA